CCUAUAUAACAUGCAAGUGGGCCCCUGCGAAAAGCAGUUUUUGUUUUCGCGCCCAGUGAAGGGGUAGAGGCAACCAUGAAACUAUUAGUGGGUUGUCUUAUAGCGAUCGCGGUGCUUCUCUGCAUUGUGGAUCUCUCGUCAGCCGAGCUCCAACGUGAGGCAGCUACUAAGAAACCGCCUCUGGCCAAGAAGCCACCUCCAGGGAAGGAUGCAGGCCGGCCCAUUGCGGCUCCCCCCCGCCCACCAGUCGUUGCAAGUCGUGGCGCCAAGAAACCAGCGAUAAAAACAAGGAAGCCCGCGACACGAAGGCCAAUCAAGGUAACGAAAAAAAAGCCAAAGAAGCCCACGACACGAAGGCCAAUCAAGGUAACGAAAAGAAAGCCAAAGAAGCCCACGACACGAAGGCCAAUCAAGACAACAACAACGACCACAACAACAACGACAACAACAACACCAACGACAACACCAACCACAACAACAACGACAACAACGACAACAACAACAACAACGACAACAACCACAACAACAACAACAACAGAACGCCCCACAAAGCCACAUUGGCCCUGGAAUCCGUGCCGUCCCUGUGGACCAGGCGGCGUGCCCUGCCUCGGAUGCCCGCCCAAGCAAUGGCUAUGCUCCGAGCUUCUGGCCCAAAUCAGAGAGCUGGAGUACACGUUAAAGAGUUGCGUCUGCAGCCACCGUUGUGACUAGAUGACUUGGACAAGAGAUCCUUAUCGUAAUGACAAAGCAAGAUACCUUUCCCCCUUUAGCUAUUAUCAUUGACAUUUGUUGACUAU